AUGGAGAUCUCCAAGGAGGUGGAUUUGGAGUCUCACCCCCGACUAGAACACGAUCCUUGGCUUCUCGACGACCAUCCCCUUCGAUCAUACCCGACAGAAUGCAUCCCGGGCUUGUCGACUUAUCUCGAUGAAUCACUCGGGAGGCGGAGAGCCAUUCUGUUCCUCGUUGCAUGUCUCAUUCUCGCAGCGCUUGUCUCUCGCUUGUUCUCCGUGACCAUCAAGAAUGCGCUUUCUCAUGAGACCACAAACCCACACCAACCCAGAACAGCGCUUAACCGUGACCGGAUGCGCUAUGGCGGGGAGUCCUGGAUGCGAAGGCGUCUGAACAGCUAUUUGAAUGCACGAUGGCAAGCUGCAGAUCGGAUACGCGUUAUGCGUACCGGGCCGGAGACGUUCCUGCAGCGACUUGGUCUCGACGAGAGUGGAACCGACCGGGUCCUUCCGAUCUGGGCAGCUUCCAGCUCAGUCGCACUUUCCUUUUGA